AUGAGCAGAGUCCUUGUCUUGGUACAGAGUAGAGUCCUGAUUUUCCCCCCAUCUGCCAUCUCUCUGCAGCCCAGUUUGUAUAGCCAGCAGCAAGCAGAAAUUUUUUUGAAUACUUCCAAUUAUUUCCACGCGUUCAAAAUAGCCACUUUUGCCUUCAAACCGUAUACUUAUGUGCUAACUGCUCCGCGUUCUAAGAGCCGCAAACCUGCCUCGAAGCCAGUCAGCAUCUUCGACAAGCUCCAGCGCAUGAAGCUGAGUAGUGCAGAACUCAACACGCCACAAUCAGCAGCAGCAAACAAUUAUGGGAGUGACAAGCUUGGAAUCCGAGAUUUAAUUGUGCUGCUAGGCGAUAGUGACUCAAGUGCCUUUAAAGCCGAAGUCGACGACAGUAGUCUUUGUGCUGAAAGUGCGGCGGCAAUUGAAGACCUUCUCAACAGCCCAGAGACUACCAUCGCUCCGGCGCCUCCUAAUUCCGAUAUGUGGCACGAUAUUGAUGACUUACUCGAAACGGCAGAGCACUUGCAGCGCUCUAAACCACAGCCUUCGACGUCCAAUUCUAUACGUCCUCAUACUUCCUCCUCUUCCCGUGCCUCGAGCGGGCCAUUGCACGACUACACCAGUGUAGCAGGCCACCAGUCCUCACUUUGCAACAGAGCGUUACCAGAGAACCAGCCCAUUUAUGAGAAUCAUCUUUGUAUUAGUAAAAGCUUAGCAAACGAACACGAGCUGGAGGUGCUUAGCUCUAUACUCUAUAUCGAUCGCGUUAAUGAGGAGAAAAAACAGCAGCAAGAGUUAAAGCAGAAGAAGGACGAAGCCCAUGGUGAGGACGACGGAUUGCAGCAGGAUGUGAACGAUGUGGCAGCGACCAAAAAGGUCGAUAAUACCCAUUUAUCCGACAAAGGCGGAAGUCCAAGGCCAGCUAAGCGACAGAAGCUUUUACUCUCCCACGAUCCCUUACCAAAGUUAAGUCAUAAUAAGGCGAAGGAUCGCAGUGAUAGUGACAGCGACGACGAGCUUAAUGAUAAUAAAGCCGGCUUGAAGGAAGAUAGUAAAGAACCAUGCCCUAUGAAGCGGAAACAGUCAUCCUCAUUCCACAACGGCCCAAUACAAAAAGGGCGCAAGUACUAUCUUCAGCAGAGAUCUUCCCAACAACAUAGACCAUAUUCCAAGCCCCAUCGACGCUCUCCCACACUUCGCACCCCCUUUAAUCAGGCUUCGAGAGUCACCGCAGUAUCCAGUGCCGAGGGUCGAUUGCCUUCCCUACAAAACCUCAGCGACGGACUCAGUACCACGCCAGCUCUUAUUUCUGCACUUUUCUUCGGAAAUGCCAGGCACUUUUGA